UGUGGCUGGAAUUAUAAUAAAUCUUGAAGAUCUUAGACUCACUCAGACUGAAUUUUCAAGCUAUUCGGAUUUCUUGGCACAUAAAAGCUCCCUAGUAUAGACCUGUCGAUUCUCUUUAUCGCUUAUCGCCGCCAUUUCGAAAUUGGGUUUCCUUUGUACUGUUCUACUUUUUUUUGCAAGCACAAGCUCGAGCACGCUCGUACUCUGCUAAUUGCCUUUGAAUUUUGGGUGGAUUUAUUGGAAAUUGAGCUUAUGUUCGUGAAUUUGGAUUUAGGAGGAGGCAGUGUUGUUUGUUGUUGAAACUGUUGGAAGGAACAGUCGCUCUUUGAAUGAGUCAUCCCAAAAUUAAGCGUAGAAUUGGCAAGUAUGAGGUCGGGAGGACGAUUGGGGAGGGGACAUUUGCCAAGGUUAAGUUUGCAAGGAAUUCGGAUACAGGGCAAGCUGUGGCCAUCAAGAUUCUUGACAAGGAUAAAGUCCUAAAGCACAAAAUGGCAGAGCAGAUUAAGCGCGAGAUAUCAACAAUGAAAUUGAUCAAGCAUCCCAAUGUUGUUCGCAUAUAUGAGGUGCUGGCAAGUAAGACCAAGAUAUUUAUUGUUUUAGAGUUUGUUACCGGCGGAGAGCUCUUCGACAAAAUUGUAAAUAAUGGAAGGAUGCGAGAAGACGAAGCAAGAAAAUAUUUUCAGCAACUCAUUAAUGCAGUUGAUUAUUGUCACAGUAGGGGAGUUUUUCACAGGGAUCUGAAGCCAGAAAACUUACUACUGGAUGUUGCUGGAAACCUCAAAGUUUCCGAUUUUGGAUUGAGUGCCCUAUCCCAGCAAGUCAAGGAUGAUGGUUUGCUGCAUACUGCCUGUGGAACUCCAAACUAUGUUGCUCCUGAGGUUUUAAAUGAUCGAGGCUACGAUGGAGCAACUGCAGACUUAUGGUCGUGCGGGGUCAUACUCUUUGUACUGCUUGCAGGCUAUUUGCCUUUCGAUGAUUCUAAUCUUGCGAAUCUUUAUAGAAAGAUAUCCUCAGCUGAAUUCCGGUGCCCUCCUUGGCUUUCUUUCGGGGCCAUGAAAUUGAUCACCCGAAUCCUAGAUCCAAAUCCCGAAACUCGUAUCACGGUUGCUGAAAUAUUGGAGGAUGAGUGGUUCAAGAAGGAUUAUAAACCUUCAGUAUUUGACGAGAAGGAAGAUGCAAAUCUGGACGACGUAGAAGCUGUUUUCAAGGAUUCCGAGGAACACCUUGUGACGGAGAAAAAGGAGGAGCAGCCGGUUGCCAUGAAUGCUUUUGAAUUAAUUUCCAUGUCUAAAGGUCUCAAUCUGGGAAAUCUUUUUGAAGUGGAGCAGGGAUUCAAAAGAGAAACGAGGUUCACAUCCACGUCCCCAGCCAAUGAAAUAAUUCAUAAAAUCGAAGAAGCCGCAAAGCCUCUCGGUUUCGAUGUCCACAAGAAAAACUACAAGAUGAGGCUUGAAAACUUGAAAGCAGGAAGAAAAGGGAACCUCAAGGUGGCCACGGAGGUUUUCCAAGUCGCGCCGUCUUUGCACAUGGUUGAAGUCCGGAAAGCCAAAGGGGACACUUUAGAAUUCUACAAGUUCUACAAAAAUCUGUCGACCUCGCUGGAUGAUGUGGUUUGGAAAAGGGAUGAUGAGGACAUGAAAGAGAAGUAGAAGUAAAAGUUGCACAGGUACUACUAUGUACUUGUAUUUAGUUUGUGUGUUAGAAUGUACAAGAUUAGUAGUAGAGUAGUAGUAGUAGUGUAUUUUUAUGGUUUGAUGGAAUGAAUUAUGAUACUUCCUUCCUUCCAUCCACAUUUAAUAAAGAAAAUAAUAGUAGUCCGUAAGGAUGGUCUGGCAGUGUGGUAGUGGUGUAUAGUCAACUUGUGACAGUGAGAUUAUGGAUUCAAACUCACCCAUGCGCCGUGUGACUUGCAUUGUCGGGCUAGUUGAAGUUCACCCACUCCACCAAAUGGCCCAUUUAGAUUUAUUAGUUUUGAGAGAUUUAUUAUUUGGCUUCUUCAAGGUAUUUUAUCUUAUUAAAUUUAUUACUUGUCUUUUCUUUUC